UCACUGCAUGGAGCCGUGCUGAUGCAAAGAGCGUUAACAGGCGGGUAGUCCCGCAGCUCUCUGUCUCACCCCCUCAGCCUAAAGCUCACUCCGAAUCAUCGCUUCUAUCUUCGUUGUAUUGUAGGUUCAACAGGCACACCCCUUCUAGACUUUCAUCGCGGAGUUCCGAGCAGCCGAUUUCAAUGAACCCCCUGCGCGGAACUCUCUAAAGGGAGAACGACAUAGGGGCGUCAUCUUCGCUCUCUGCGUCUCUUCUGUCUAGAACGAUGGUGACACGGGAGGAAAAAAGUUCUAUCAGGGGCCAUGUGCCGGACGAGAUUGUAGUGGGGGCUGCAAAUGUUUUCCAGAAAAGGGAGCUCGGGUUUUGAUGGAAGACCUGGACUGAUGGGUGCUAAAGGAGAACAGGGUACUCCUGGUUUUCCUGGCAGUCCAGGUCCAAAAGGUCAGCCUGGCUUCGGAGGGUCAAUUGGGAUUAAAGGAAAACAGGGUCCUCCUGGGGAUAUUGGAUACCCUGGACCACCAGGCUGCCAAGGUUUUCCUGGAAUUAAGGGUUUACCUGGAGAUAGAGGCAUUCCUGGCAUAGCUGGAAUGAAGGGACGCCCAGGAGGUCCUGGGGAUGCCGGACGUCCUGGUGAAAAAGGUCUUCCUGGGCAACCUGGACCAGGUGGCCGUGAAGGUCUUCCAGGGUUCCAAGGUCUUGAAAGUGAGAAAUGCUCUCCUGGUGUGAGGGGAUUUGCCGGAAUGCCUGGUAUUCCAGGGCUUCCCGGAGUAAAUGGGUAUAAAGGAAUUUGUGGCUCACCUGGAAGAGAUGGACAAAAAGGAAAUGAUGGCAUGAAGGGAGAUAAAGGUUUACCUGGUGAACCUGGUCUACCAGGUCCUGUCAUACUACCACCUCCCGACCUUCAUUCUAAAGGGGUUCAGGGAGAACCAGGACCAAGUGGCCCUCCUGGAUUUAUAGGACCUAGAGGUGAUAGAGGUUUUCCUGGACUUCUAGGAUCACAGGGGAACCCUGGCUUUCCAGGAAGCCCAGGCAUAGAUAAAGGUUUUCCAGGUGACCCUGGAUUACCUGGAGCAUUUGGAAGACCAGGAUUUCCUGGUCCAAAAGGAGAACCUGGAAUAAUUGGAUUUCCAGGAAUGCCUGGCCCAAAUGGUGCUGAUGGUAUCCCUGGAGUUUCUGGUUUUCCUGGCAGUCCUGGACUACCUGGACCAAAAGGAGAAAGAGGCGAGACUUUAGGACAACCUGGACGCCCAGGAGUUAAAGGGAAAACUGGUGUACCAGGAGUUUCAGGUCUAAGAGGUUUUGAUGGCAUGCCAGGAGAUGUUGGGACAUUAGGAAUAACAGGAAAUCCCGGACAAAAGGGUCUUCCAGGAGAGCUUGGACGGAUAGGACAACCAGGAAAUCCAGGACACCCAGGAUAUAGAGGCAACCCUGGAUUAGUGGGUACUCCUGGAUUACCAGGAUCUCCAGGGUUUACAGGAUCCCCAGGGGUACCAGGUCCUAAAGGUUUUCCUGGGCCUCCUGGUAUUGGUGGCUUAAAUGGCUUGGCUGGAAGUAAGGGGACCCCUGGAACACCAGGGCUUAGUGAGGCUGGACGACCAGGAUCCCCAGGAUUUCCAGGACCAAAAGGUGAAAGAGGUUCUCCAAACACUAUAUCAGGCCAACCAGGAUUUCCUGGACCUAAAGGAUUUCCUGGAGAAAGAGGUCUUCCUGGUGUUGUUGGCUUACCUGGUCUUCCUGGACCACCCGGCUUCUCAUUUCCCUCCUCCAUCCCAGGGAGACCCGGUGACCCUGGCCCUCGUGGACGAGAUGGGGAAGCAGGACUUCCUGGCCUGCCAGGACCACGUGGACCUCCUGGCCCAGGAUCUAAUCACGGGGAUUCAGGAUAUCCAGGCAUUCCUGGCAGAACUGGCACAAAGGGUGAAAACGGAAUAUCAGGAAACCCGGGAAGCCCUGGAGCUCAUGGACUUAAAGGCCUGGGAGGGGAUCCAGGCUUCAUUGGUAGCCCAGGCAAGGAAGGUUCUGUAGGAGAUUCUGGUUUUCCAGGACCUAAGGGAGAAAGGGGCAACCCAGGACUCCCUGGUUCUCGAGGACGGCCUGGCCCACCCCCAUCAAUAGAGGAUUACCAGAUUCCUAUUGGAUUACCAGGUCUGCCUGGAAUUAAUGGUUUUGAUGGGGUUGCUGGGGAAAUCGGACCACAAGGACCAAAUGGACCAGCGGGAGGGAAAGGAUUUCCAGGCAGAUCUGGGCAAAUGGGAAGAAGUGGCCCACCUGGCGCUCAUGGUCCUAUUGGUGAUCCUGGUGAACCUGGUAUUCCUGGGUCUUCUGGUCUUGAAGGUUCUCCUGGUAAACAGGGUGCAGUUGGCUUACCUGGAAUGCCAGGACGGAGUGUGAGUGUUGGAUACACAUUAGUAAAGCUCAGUCAGUCUGAACAGGUUCCUCCAUGUCCACUUGGAAUGGCCAGGCUGUGGGAUGGCUAUAGCUUGCUGUAUGUGGAAGGGCAAGAAAAGGCUCACAACCAAGACUUGGGUCUUGCUGGUUCCUGUUUGCCUCGAUUCAGCACCAUGCCAUUUAUUUACUGCAACAUUAACGAGGUUUGCUACUAUGCUAGCAGGAAUGACAAAUCUUAUUGGCUCUCUACCACGGCUCCUAUCCCUAUGAUGCCUGUGGGCAGCACUGAGAUUAAGAACUACAUAAGCCGCUGCUCAGUUUGCGAGGCUCCUUCCCAAGCUGUUGCUGUUCAUAGUCAGGAUAGCACAAUCCCACAAUGCCCUGAUGGUUGGAGGAGCCUCUGGAUUGGAUGCUCUUUUCUCAUGCACACAGCCGCAGGUGCUGAAGGUGGUGGUCAAUCCUUGGUAUCUCCAGGUUCCUGCCUUGAAGAUUUCCGGGCCACUCCAUUUAUUGAAUGCAGCGGAGCAAGAGGAACCUGCCAUUACUUUGCCAACAAGUACAGCUUCUGGCUGACCACUGUGGAAGAAACACAACAGUUUUCUAGAUCGCCCACUUCUGAAACGUUGAAAUCUGGUCAGUUGAGAACACGUGUGAGCCGUUGCCAGGUGUGUAUGAAGAACUUGUAGCACAGCAAUCCUCCUAAAAACAACUCCUGCACUUGAGUUCUGUGUAGAAAUAGCACAUGAAUUAGCCAGAGUGACCCACCAAUGGCUACUAGGAGUUUCUUGAUGACUGAACCCAUCAAAUGUCUACUGUAAUAUGAGUCCAGAGACAAGUCACUCAGUACAAUGAAGUGGACAGACUAAUCUUUUUUUAAAGAUAUUUUAUGCAAUAAUGGUGCUGAAAUAUUUUUUAAUGAAUAUUUUUCAUGGUGCAUUAUUCAUGGCUACCUCAAAAAGACCUUCAGUAACUUCGCAAACACAAAGUUGGAUAUAAACAAACCCCUACAAUCUUGCACUGCUGUCCUAGCUUUGUUUAAGAUAUUUUUUAGUCGUCCAUGAAUGAAUUUGAGAAACCCUGCUUUCCACACUGAGAACAUCACUACUAAGAAACUUUUUCCAUAACUGGGAUCUGCUACUUGAUGAUGCAAACGAAGGCAGCAACGCCCUACUUAAGACUACUAUUACAUAUGAAAGCAUUUUCUCUUUUGGUGCUAUUCUACUCUCAUGACCUCCAAUAGGUAGCCACACACAAAGGAUUGCAAUGGGAAUCUUUUGGUACUUUCCUUUUUUUGAAGUUUGGCUUGUCUAGUGACUCAUUUACAAUCCAUGGGACAAUAUUAUAUAGUUAUAUGUAAAGUUUAAUAGAAGAUUCAUUAAAUUCAUUUUUUUUUAUUUAGCUACAAAUAAUGAAAUGAAUUGUACAAAACCAUUGGUUCAGAUACCAAACCAAACCUUAAUUUGUAAAUUAAAAUGUGAGCAUAUUUUGUCAAAACUUCUGUAAGAAAUAGAAACCUGUAACAUGUUUUAAAUACAGAAUCUGACCCAUUUAAGUUCAGUUGGUUUGGCCAAAUACUAAGACAGGGCUCUCAGCCUUUUUUAUAUGAGGCCAAGAUCAGUUCUAGAUGUCAGAUUUGUGACUCAAUAUAUAGUCUAGGAAUACUGCUAUAUCUCCUUGUAAUUACUAUUAUCUACUGUAUAAGCAUGUUUUAGUCUGUUAAACUGGUCAUAUGCUGCAGUGGGCCAAAUUGGGCUCAUCCAUUCUUUUGACGCCUGGGCCAACAAUCAAAUAAUAAGAGGGGCCUAUAGCAAUCGGUCAGGUAAGGAUCAUAUCCAUCAGGCAGGUCAGUCGACUAAUGAGAAUCCUUGCAAGGACUUGUGGCCACCUAUAUUAUGUUUCCUGAUUCACAGGUUGACAAUCUACAGUAUGUGCUGUGUUCGACCAAUUUAAAAUAAUGAUACCCUGAACCAAAUCCUGAAUUUUGUGCUUCCUUGUCUUACCCUUAUUAUUAGCAUAUCAUGGUCUUUCAGAGGUAGCCUUGGUGCAAUCAUUUAAUAUUUAUGCACAUUUUACUAUUUUCACAGCCACCUCCCCUGCAGUCUUCUCUUCACACUAUAAAUUUGUACAUUUAAGUUAAUCAGACCCCCUUUUUUUAGUAAGGCCUACUUUGUAUUGUUUUUAUUACAUGUGAUUUAGAUAUAUCUUGAAUGCAGUUGCACAAUUGCUUAGUUGGAGAUGUAGCUAUUGUUCUAUGAAAUCCAGAAAGGACACUAAAGGAUAUGGGCAUCUUUUGAAAUAAAGAGUAUUUUAAACCAGAGUUGUACAGAGUUGAUAUUCUGGGCCAAAACCACAGUGCAAAUUUCAAUAAAAAGACUUCUGAUUGAA